ACUUCAAUUUCAUCCGGUUUAAUUUGUUCACAAAAGUUGUCUAUUUUGUAUUUUGAGUCGAGUUACAGAAAUUUAUUUAAUGUGGCGAAUGAAUAGUGAAUAAAAACUGUUUCACAUUUUACAGUAUCAUAUCAUUGCGUUGGUUAACGCAAUAGAUAACAAACACUGCAAGUCUGCAAGUUGAACAUCGACUAAGAUGUUAAUUUGCAGAGCAGCCCCACUGGGGGGGAUGUGCACUCGCUUUGUAGGGUGUGCCACACAAGUUCCGAGUUGUGGGCUGAAAAAUUAUGUUUUACCACCCAGUUAUGAAGGCGUGGAGUUUCCUGACAGGAACAAAUUAAAAUUUAUGGACAAAGUUCCAACGUAUCCGGCUGGCUUAAGGCCCCCAAAGAUGAUGAAAAAUCUAAUAUUUAUGAGGGGACCGGAACCUGUUCAUCAUUCACUUAUUCAUCAGCAGUAUGGUAUUGUGGCAUUAGGACCAGGAAGAUUAAGAUCGGGUCACUUUGAAAUGAUGAGGAUGACCAUCGGCAGACGUUUGGACACCAGCAGAAUGUUUGCUAUUUGGAGAGUUGAUCCUCCUUGGCAGCCAGUGACUCGAAAAGGUCAAGGAAAACGAAUGGGUGGUGGUAAAGGAGCCAUUGAUCACUACGUCACACCAGUAAAACAUGGAAGAAUAAUUGUAGAACUUGGAGGUAAUUGCGAAUUUAAAGAAGCAUUCCCAAUUCUGCGAGAGGUUGCUGAAAAACUACCAUUCAAGGCGAAGCCUGUUAGUCAUCAAAUGUUACAAGAGAUGAGACAAAAAGAAAGCAACUCAGAGAAAUAUAAUAUUAAUCCUUACACAUUAGAAUACAUAAUUAGAAAUAAUUUGGGCAAGUCACAUCAUUGGAUAUCACCCUAUGAUAGAAAAUGGUUCGGCAAACACAUAUAACUUUUUUUCACCCUGUUAGAAUUUAUUAGAUAAAGCAAUAAAUACACAAGUUCAAACUGA